AUGUCCAUCACGCUCUACGCAAGCCGUAUCUGCCCCUGGGCUCACCGCGCAUACAUAGCAUUGGCAGAGCUCGGACUAGACUAUACGGAAGUCAUCAUUGACCUGGAAAAGCCGAGGGAGCCAUGGUACCUUGAAAUCAACCCCGUUCGUCCUCUCCCCUCCCCUCCCCCAUCAUACAUACCCUUCGGCUAUCGCAUGCUAACAGCGAACAAAAUACUAGAGGGGAUUGGUCCCGUCCAUUAAAUAUAACGACCAAAUAAUCAUCGAAUCCUCCAUCGUCGCCACCUUCCUUGCAGAAUUGAAAGAGAACCACUUGGUCCCCUUCCCGGGAACUCCCGAAGGUGCCCAUGAAAUGGCCAUCCCCCCAUUGUUGAAAUGCUAACGGGGAUAGCACAGCGGCUCUAAAGCGGGCGAGGAUCAACUUCUUCGUGGACACCUACAUUAACAAAGCUCAACCGCUUAUUCAAUCCGCAAUUGCUACAGCCGACAUCGCGAAAAAGGCCGAAUACGCAAACCAGUUCGUUGAAGUUAUCGAGAAGCAGCUGGCGCCAUUGCUGGCAGAUGCUAAGCCUUUCUUCGGCGGUAACUCCAAGCUCACCCUCGCGGAGGUGCUUACUGCUUCAUUCGUCCUCAGAUUGUACACAUUCGCAAAGUCUGGGGUCGACUUGAUCCCCCAGGAGGCGAUAGAGAGGAUUAGGAAGAUUGAGAAUUGGCAAAAGUGGGCGGAUGCCUUGCAUGCUCAUGAGAGUGUCGUAGGGAUUUAUGUGGAGGAGGAUGUGGUUCUCGCCACAAAGAGAAGGUAUGCAAAAUUGGCGGCGGAGCAGAAGUAGGCAUGUUAGGAUGCUUGGCGUUGUUGGGGGAGUGAAAAUUUCAGCGACAUAAGGGAGGACUUGUGGUAGAGGACAGCCUCUAUAUCCCAAAAGGGGACUAGCGAAAGGAAAAGGGAACCGGAGAUAUUGGGGGAUUAGCACCCACAUAUUCUAGAGGAAAGCCCGGCAAUAUAACCCGUCUUUGUAUACGGCGCACCACCCUCCAAUCGGUGUUAUAAAUUUGGUAGUCUGCCGCCAGGUUACAGGUGACCAAACGGCGUCUGUGAGCAGAGCUGCUAUCGAUAGCCAGAACGAAGCAGAAACGUGGUAACCAACAGCGGUACGUACGGUACUCGCGGUCUAGCCAUCAAUAAAUCCAACCCCAUACCCCUCCCCGCGCUUAUUCAUUCGUGUGCCGCCCUUCUA